AUGCCAGAGAUGCCAACCCAGCAACGAAUGGGGGAGGCUUCUUCCGGUCAAUCGCGCCAGACCAGUCUGCGGCAGCCCCCUUCUGGCCAGUCGACGCCGCAGAGCACGCUGGGAAAGAGUGGCGACAACCCGCCUCCAGUUAAGAUAUGCACCAAAGGAGAAAAAGAUGACUUGCAAAGGAAAACAGACAUAUGGAACCUUCCAAAAGAAACUAAGAAAAAGGAAAACAAGUCCUCAAAGUGCGGUGACACAUUUUUGAAAAUGUAUUUAAAGCUAAUUGAAAAACCCGACAACAAGAACGAGUCUGAAUCAUCUCUUACAGACGGGAAUGGACACAUCGAAUCCUUUGCGUAUAAUUCAACAACAAAUUUCACACCUACUCAGCAUGAGAAUGGAAAUGAGAUAUUGGAUUCGACGAAUGCCUUUAACCAAACAAUGUUCAACCAAUUAAUGGAGUUUUAUGACAUCUAUAAGUUUGAAACUAGAAUAUUUACAUGUUCAUUUGCUAUUUCACAAUUAGCUUUGUUGGCUUGUCGAUUGUCAAUGCAGCAAUUUUCAUUUGCUUUGCCACUCAUACUCACUCCACUGUUAUCAAUAAUUGCUGUUAGUCUUUCGUGCAAUAACUUUCUUGAAAGUACCCAGAUCACGGUAGGAAUUGAUUUGACAUGUUCUAUGCCUGAAGGCAAUGAAAGGAAUAUUUUCAUCGCGAGUGGGGCUUUGGCUUGGAUUGCUGUUAUCGCGUUAACGUGGUACAUUUGGGUUCCUCGGGUCGAGAGAAUGGCAAAACUCGAGAGGUUGUUUUCUGGCAGUUUUUACGAUUUCUUCUUCCCUGAUUUGAACAUGCUUCUUCGAAGGAGAAAUGACCAUCAAAUUAGAGAGCAGCAUAUGGACAGUGUACAACCGAGGGACGUUCCAAAAGUCAUCAUCUGUGUAACAAUGUGGCACGAAACGUGCCAAGAAAUGUGUCAGCUUCUAAAGUCUAUUUGCAGAUUAGAUCUGCAUUUAUCAAUUCGAGAGGAAGCCGAUCAUAUAGAAGAGGACAAAAACGGUGCAGACGGCGAGAAACAAGACGCUGUAAAGAAAACACAAGACCCUGAUAAAAUUAACAUUGAGGUUCAAAUAGUAUUUGACGACGCAUUUUGCUCAACAAAAAACGGUUGUGAGGUUAAUGAAUAUCUGCUCCAGUUUAUGUCAUGUUUGCAAAAGGCCGUUGGUUCCGUGUUGAAAGACAAGGAACUCUUGGAGUGGAAUAAAACAUUCCAAAAGAAAGUGGUUCAGACACCUUAUGGCGGACAAUUCAUUCUACAACUUCCAGGUGGAACACAGAUGACGAUUCAUUUGAAGGAUAAGAAAAAGAUAAGGCCCAGAAAACGAUGGUCUCAGGUGAUGUACAUGUACUAUUGUUUGCUGUACAAAAUGGGAAAGAUGUAUCCAGAUACAAUUAGAGACGAGCUAAAGAAGACAUUCAUUCUAACCCUUGACGGUGAUGUAGACUUUGAACCGAAAUCAGUUUUACGAUUGAUGGAUCGAAUGAAGAUGAACAGCCGUGUCGCAGCAGUUUGUGGCAGAAUUCACCCAAUAGGGACAGGUCCAAUGGUGUGGUACCAACAAUUCGAAUAUGCAGUCGGCCACUGGCUUCAAAAGGCAUGCGAACAUAUCUUCGGUUCUGUGCUAUGUUGCCCUGGAUGCUUUUCUAUAUUUCGAGCAUCUGCCCUAGUUGACGACAAUGUAUUGAAAACGUACACCAAAGAGCCAGAUGAAGGAAAACACCUUUUGCAGUUUGAACAAGGCGAGGAUAGAUGGCUUUGUACUCUUCUCAUUAAACGAGGAUACAAGACAGACUACUGUGCAGCCGCAGAUGCAAAAACGUUUGCGCCAGAAAACUUUUGGGACUUUUUUGUACAAAGACGGCGCUGGUCACCAUCAACAAUGGCGAACUUGAUUGACUUGGUCCUUUCUUGGAAACAAAUAGUUCAAAACAACAGAGAAAUCAACCAUAUGUUUAUGAUAUAUCAAUUGGUGCUGGUUAUAACAAGUGUAUUAGCUCCUGGAAUUGUCCUUGUGAUGAUAGCAGGGUCAUUUAGUUCAGUAUUAAGUUUGAAGCCAUGGCAUUCAUUUUUCGUAGCCGUGACUCCGGUUGAAAGACAACAAAGCGAACAACACGUGGAAAUGAUAAACUAUGAAGACGAUAGACGAGCAAAGACUAAAGCGCAAGAAUUUCAAGAGCACUUGAAGGAGAUUGAGCUUGAUUUGGAGGAAGAUGAAGAAGAAGAUGAGCCCCCGCCUGAUUAUAUGAGUGAGCCUGAUGUUGAUUAUGACGACUUUGAUUGUGAAACUGUUUUAGAUACGGCAUCUCCUUCACCAAAUAGACCAAACUCAAGGAAAUUCAAUAUUUACCAUCAUAGAAUACAGACAGUGCGCUAUAGAAAACAACAUAGACAGCCGAUUGAUGCAAGUUUGUAUCAUCUGGACGGUGGUUAUGUUGGUGGAUCAUUUUUACGACCUGGUGUGAAAUACCCUAGCAACAUUUUUCAUGAGGACAGAAGAGGUUAA